AUGUUAGUGUUCCACCUAAUUCAAGCUAUCCUACUGAAGAAAGCGGUGUCGCCGCUCUUGCAGAUAUCAACGAGAGCCACGGCGAUCUGCUCAGAGGAUGGUAUUUCUCUGAAAAUUUCACCUCCAUCGGUUUCUGGAAUGGUUAUGGUACUUCUCCAAAUCAAUUCUUCAAAUUUCCAUAGAUUUCGCUGCAAUUCCAACUGCAUUGAAUCACUUGAUCUCUCUUUUCUCAACUCUCUACUCUCUACUACCAAUGAUCUAGAAUCCCUCAUUGUCUCCGCCAAUUAUUCUCAUGACACAACUCUCAUCUAUUUCAACUUCUUCAACAAUACUCAUCACAAUGCUCAGUUCGAGUCUGAUCAAACUAGGCUUCUUUUGUACUACGAACCUCGCACUCCUGGUAACCCUUACAAUUAUUUGGGCAUCCAUGAAUCAGAAUAUGAAUAUCAAGUCAUUCUGGGGAUACCAUCAAAUGAGUUUAGGCAGAUUUUGAGGUACAUAAGGGAGUUUGCAACGCUCAUAGUCGAUGUGAUUGUAACUGAUACAGAAGUUUUGACAUUCAGAUCAGGAUCUGAAGACCUUAUCCUUACAAAAGAGGCCGGGUGUAUUGUGUGGGGUGUUGAUUCAAGUAACCAGGUUAGCUUUCGAAUGACUUUGUUCAACAUAAAUUCAUUCAUUGAAGCCUCGGAGAACUCUGCUUUUGUAUGGAUGUUCCAGUCCCCUGAUUUUCCUGGCAUGCUCAAUUGCCCAGUCGGACAUUUUGGUAACAUCAAGUAUUACUUUGAUAAGAGAUAUGACCUUGGAAUUCAUUAG